AUGGCUGGAGGCAUAGAUCAAACGCUGCCUUGUGUUGGCUCCAAAGUUGCCAUAGACCAAGACAAGGUCAGCCACCAAAAGCCAGGUAUUAUUGAUUCAAUCCUCGUGUCACCGAAGGUACCCAAAGCAGUGCCCGCCGCUGCCGCCACCGAAGGUGAAACAGCAAGGCGCCCUCGCGGCCGGCCGGCGGGAUCAAAGAACAAACCAAAGCCGCCCAUUAUAGUCACCCGAGACAGCGCCAAUGCACUGCGGGCGCACGCCAUGGAGGUGAGCUCCGGUUGCGACGUGAGCGAGAGCUUGGCCAACUUCGCCAGGAGGAAGCAACGAGGCGUCUGCAUACUUAACGCGACCGGAUGCGUCACAAACGUGACGCUGCGGCAGCCAGCGUCGUCCGGAGCCAUCGUUACUCUUCACGGGCGAUUCGAGAUUCUGUCGCUGCUGGGAUCGAUCCUGCCUCCGCCGGCGCCGGCGGGAAUCACGGGGCUCACCAUAUACCUGGCAGGUGCGCAGGGGCAGGUUGUGGGCGGUGCCGUGGUUGGAGCGCUCAUUGCUUCGGGCCCCGUAGUGAUCAUGGCCGCGUCCUUCAUGAACGCCACUUUUGAUCGGCUGCCGUUGGACGACGGUGACGUUGCGGUGGCUUUACACAACCAGCAACACUACCAGAACGGGCGCUACCACCAUCAUCCGGAUGUUUCGGAUUUGUACGGGAUGCCGCAGAACCUGCUCACGAACGGCGCGAUGCUCCCUGAGGUUUAUUCAUGGGCACCCGCGCGAGCUUUAUCGAAAACCCUAACUUGA